UACGCAGUGGUACAAUCCAAAUGACAGCUCGGCUUGAGCUAGCCUUCAUGCCGGAGCGUCGGCAGACCGUCAGAGCCUUGGAAACCAAGCAUUUAAUCAAGACCUUUGCGUGUUAUUUGUGCCGCUUUAGUCUAAUUUCAAACUUUUAAUCAAAACCAUGUCUGCUCCUAAGAAGGGGGACUUGUCUCCAACCGAAAAGGAAUUGUUUGAGGUUAUUACGGCAGGAAAUGUUCAAGAGGCUUCACGGUUGCUGGGCUGUAAGGAUGUUCGAGUCAACUGUUUGGAUGAGUAUGGGAUGACGCCUCUCAUGCACGCUGCUUACAAAGGAAAAGCAGACAUGUGCAGGUUGCUGCUUCAACACGGAGCGGAUGUGAAUUGUAAUGAACACGAACAUGGAUACACAGCGCUGAUGUUUGCUGGCCUGUCAGGUAAGACUGAUAUCACGUGGAUGAUGCUGGACGCGGGGGCGGAAACAGACGUGGUCAACUCUGUGGGAAGGACCGCUGCACAGAUGGCCGCCUUUGUCGGGCAGCACGACUGCGUCACGGUGAUCAACAACUUCUUCUCUCGUGCCAGACUGGAUUACUACACCAAGGCCCAAGGUCUGGAGAAGGAGCCCAAGCUGCCGUCCAAACUGGCUGGACCCCUCCACAAGGUCAUAAUGAGCACCAACCUGAACCCCGUCAAGAUGGUGAUGCUGGUGAAGGAGAACCCCCUGCUGGCGGAGGUGGAGGCUCUAGAAAAAUGUCGCCGGGUGAUGGAGCUCAUCUGCGAGAAGUGCAUCAAGCAGCAGGACAUGAACGAGGUGCUGGCCAUGAAGAUGCACUACAUCGGCUGCGUGCUGGGAAAGUGUGCCUCCUUCCUCAAAGACCGCGAGGACAAGCUGGACAGCCUCAUCAAGAGUUUGCUGAAGGGUCGGGACACUGAUGGCUUCCCCGUGUACCAAGAGAAGUUUAUCAGAGAGUGCAUCCGCAAGUUUCCUUACUGUGAGGCCACUCUGCUGCAGCAGCUGGUGCGGAGCAUCGCUCCUGUGGAGAUCGGUAACGACCCCAUGGCUCUGUCCGUGCUGACUCAGGCCAUCACAGGUCAGGUGGGCUUCAUGGACGCAGAGUUUUGCACCUCCUGUGGAGAGAAGGGAGCCGAUAAGAGAUGCUCGGCCUGUAAAAUGGUGAUCUACUGUGACCAAGCCUGCCAAAAGUUGCACUGGUUCACCCACAAGAAAGUUUGCAAGAAGCUCCAGGAGCAACGGGAGAAGCAGGAGGCAGAAUCAGCCAAACUGAAGAUGCAGCAGAGCAAAGAGGAGAGUAAAGCAGUGCAGGAGGCCACGGACUCCAUGCAGGAGCUCUCAGUGGAGACCGGCAGCGAGAUCCCCCCCUCGGACUCUGCGGCACAAACCUCAAACCCCACUUCCACUCCAGCUGCGGACAACUGAGGAACAUCAGAACAGAACAGUCAGCAAACGCCGACUCCAGAAGGCAUCCACACACCACAGACAGGCAGCGGACUGGCAGUGGGACUGGAAGCCAGACAAGGACUGGUUUAGUGGGAGAACAGAAACCGUAUUUAUGAUCGACAUGAGAUUGUCACUGAGGCAGGAAGACACUAAAGAAUCUGAGGGAAGUUUGUGCCACAGCGCUCGUCUUUUUGUCUUUUUAUUAUUAUUUUUUUUCAUAUGUUAAUUUUCACAUGAUAUUUCCAUUUGUGAAUGUGAAAACUGCAUAGGCUGAUGUGUUUGUGGUAGAGGUCACUGGGAGGAAUUGUGGGUAAUCUGAGCUAAUGAUGGAACAUAAUUCUGCCUUAAACUGUAGCGUCCUGUGCAGGAAAGAAGUGACUGCUGUUUGCUGGGUUGAAAUGUGUUUGAUUUAUUUUUGUUUUGUAACCUCCUGGCAGAUUGUGAGCGGAGAGGAAGGCUGCACACUGUUGACCAAAAAUAUAUAUUUUUAAAUGUAAACGA